CGUGGUCUCUUUCUUGUGAAACAAUCAGUUCAACUAAUUAUAUAGAAAUAGUGACUUUAUUGUAAUAAACGUAAGUAUUAGUAAGUUUUAAAAUAGGAUUAAGUGUUUUUUAUAAUAUAAUAGUUGUUUUUGUACGAUAUGAUCUGCUAUCUAGCAGCGAGUCGAGAAACUUCUGGAAAACAAACCGGUAAUGUAACCUUCAUUUUAUGGAUUGGUUUAGAAAGAGGCAACACGAUUUUCUAAACUUUAAUACGCAGUGAAAAUUUAUUUGUGCAUGUGCAUCGUCAUUUAAAAAUUUCCUCUACCAAAAGUUCUCUUUUACUGCGACAAAGCCAAAUUUCCAGUUAAACAAAAUGGUUCUGGGCCAGUUCCUCACCACCUACAGAAAAGAUUUCCUCUGGCCUUACGUGACCACAUUGGGCUUCAAACCCAAAAUGGACGACGGCCAAUACAGGAAGUGCAUCUGCGACGAUGAAGGCCAACAGCACGUCACCGGCCCCGACGCCUUCAAAUCGGGCGAAUGGAGCCGAUUGGGCCCGAUGGGGCCCCUCCUCGAGCCCCGCAUCAUCGGCGCCAAAACCGGCGCCGCCCCAGAAUCAGAAGUCAGCAAAUACAACCAACCCAACGUAUUCAUGAGAAAACUGCAAGAAAAGUACCCGUACAUUUACGAAUGCUUGAAAACAGCGCCACCUGACGACAUCAUCAGCAAAAUCAACAUGGACCGAUUAUCCACCACCUAUCAAAUCGACUAUUGCCAUAAAGAGGAGUACCCGCCGUCGCCGUACGAUUUGAUGGUGGCAGCGGCGGCGGUGGAGGCGCUGCCGCCGUGCCCGGAGCCGGUGAAGAUACCGGGGGACGUGUGCAGGCCCGGCGGUAAGGUGAGCGCCAGGAAAGACAGCUCGUUUACGGCGAACGUGUCGUUCGAGAAGAAGGGGACCACCGAUCAGCCGCUGGGAAGUUGUAAAGGUGGAGUGUUUUCGGUGACGCCGAACAACACGGAAUACCAGGACACUUAUUCGCGCGCCGGGAAUUUGAUCAUUAGGGAUGGAAUUCACGAUCCCGAAAGGAGAAAUGUUUUGAAAUAGCCAAAUUCUCAUUUCACCAAUUAAGAAGACCGAUUCGAUUGCAUCGUCAUUAGAAGCUUUUUGAGAAAAGGCGAUUUUACAAAUAAAAUUUGCUUAUGUCCUGUCUAAUUGUAUCUAAGGAUAAUAAUUGUCUAGUGGGCAGGAUGAAUCUCAUCGUUUGUGUUUUGUAUUGUUUUUAUUAGUGCUUGUCAAUAAAUCGAGGUCUUUUAAUUCUGUUUGUUUUAUUAAUACAGUGAAUAAUUUGUUUCGAAAUAC